AAACACGUUAGAACCAGAGGUAGUCCAAGUGGUUAUGUACAAAGAGCGGUUUUAAGGUAGAGGGGACAAUGACCAGUGCCAACUACAACUCAAACGCCGUCGCCGCCGCCGCCUGCGAUCGCAAGGGUUCUUGGAGCCCCCAAGAGGAUGCAACACUAUUGAGGUUGGUAGCCCAGCACGGCCCUCGCAACUGGUCCGUCAUCAGCGGCGGCAUCCCUGGCCGCUCCGGCAAGUCUUGCCGUCUCCGGUGGUGCAACCAGCUCAGCCCCGACGUUCAGCACCGGCCAUUCACCCCCGCAGAGGACAAGAUCAUCAUCAACGCCCACGCCGUCCACGGAAACAAGUGGGCCACGAUCUCCCGUCUCCUCCCCGGCCGCACAGACAACGCCAUCAAGAACCACUGGAACUCCACGCUCCGCCGCCGUGGGAUGGCGGAGACAUCCCCCGCCUCCGCCUCGUCGGAGUCGACCCCUGUGUUCUCUAUAAGGAAGCGCUCCCCUGGCGCGUAUGAUGCCCUUCUCCUCGAUACCUACGACGGCUUGCUGGAUCCGCGCUACCCUUUCAAGAGGCCGUGCAUUGAAGCGGUUUCGACGGAGGAUGAAGAUUCCGGUGACUGCGACGACGACCCAAUUGAAGAAGAGCGAAUGGGGGGUCGCGUGACGACGUCGUUGAGCCUGUUUCCGCCAGGGGAGAAGAUAGAGGAACAAGAAGAGGAAAAAGAGGAAGAAGUUGAAGCCAAUGUUAAGAAGGCGGAACACGCAGACUUGAAGAAGAUAAUGCAGCGCAUGAUAGCAGACGAGGUUAGAAAUUAUAUUGAGAGCUUGCGUCUUCGUGACAGCGACAUUGCAACUGGGUUGGCUCUUGAUCCAACAAUCCCAAAGUAA